AGACUAAAAAUAACAAUCGUUAUCGAAAAGGUCGUCGAAAUGGGCAUAAAUAUUUUUAUAAACAGUAAAUAUAUAAUUUCUUGUGGGGAUCACAUUAAAUAUGAUGAGCUGUACAGUCGGAUUGCGGAGAAAAUAAACCUGCAGCCAGAGGAAUACUACUUAGUCAGCAAUGGCAAGCGCUUGGAGGGAGAACUUUCAUCUGGAGAUGUUCACUGCGUUCUCCGCCAACUCGGUGGCAAAGGAGGAUUCGGUUCCAUGCUUCGAGCCAUUGGUGCCCAAAUUGAAAAGACAACCAAUCGCGAGGCUUGCCGCGAUCUAAGUGGUCGUCGUUUGCGGGAUAUCAACGAGGAGAAGCGGGUGCGCGCCUGGCUGGAGAAGCAGGGCGAACGGGAACGGGAGGCCGAGGAGCGUAAAAAGCGAAAGAUCGAGAAACUGCUGGCCGUGCCCAAGCACGACUUUAAGGACGAUAAGUACGACGAAGCCAGGGCUAAUCUGACCGAAAAGGUAAACGACGCCUUCGAGGAGGGACUCAAGCAGGCCGAGGAGAACAAGGAGAAAGGCGUCGAGGAAGCAACUUCCAGUGGCACAAAGAGGAAAUCCCCCGCCGUAGACAAGACCAAGGCAAAAAAGAAGAAAAAGGGCACACUAUGGAUAGGCGAUGACAUCUCUGGAUCCGACUCUGACUCUGACGGCAGCGAGGAGGAGGAGCCAAGAACACAGAAAAAAGCCAUACAAAACUAGAUAAAUAACUUUCGAAUUAAGUAUGUAACUAAGACGUUCUUAUCUCUUAAUUUACCUGAAAUUAAAGCAGCCCGUAAAAAUAUAAA